AUGGCGGCGAAUGGGCUAAUGUCGACAUCCAAUGUGUUUCUUCAUCGGCCUCAACAUGCCCAUUUCUCGUUUUCUUCUACAACGAGUCAAAUGCCUGUGAUCGGCGUUAAAGGCCGAGUUAGUUUCACGGCCAAAGGGAAACGCUGUUAUCCGGUGGUUUUGUCAAUGGCGACGGCGGCGGAAUCCGGAAAGUCUGUUCCUCCUGGUCACGGCAUAUCCAUCAUGGUGAAUGGAUGUAGUGGCAAAAUGGGGAAAGCUGUGAUCAAAGCGGCAGAUUCAGCAGGAGUGAAUAUAGUUCCUGCAUCAUUUGGAUCUGCUGAAGAAGCUGGCCAGAGAGUUGAGGUCUGUGGGAAGGAGAUUCUCGUGCAUGGUCCUACUGAAAGAGAAAAGGUCCUGUCUUCGGUGUUUGACAAGUAUCCAGAACUAAUUGUUGUUGACUACACAAUUCCCUCUGCAGUAAAUGAUAACGCAGAGCUGUAUGGCAAAGUAGGAGUUCCUUUCGUGAUGGGGACAACUGGAGGAGACAGGACAAAGUUGUAUAAAACUGUUGAUGAAUCCAAGAUUUAUGCUGUGAUUUCCCCGCAGAUGGGUAAACAGGUUGUUGCGUUUCUUGCAGCCAUGGAAAUCAUGUCUGAGCAGUUUCCGGGUGCCUUUGCUGGUUAUUCCUUGGAGGUGAUGGAGUCUCAUCAAGCAAGUAAACUGGAUGCAUCUGGUACCGCUAAAGCUGUUAUUUCUUGCUUCCAGAAAUUGGGCGUCUCUUAUGACAUGGAUCAGAUACAAUUGGUUAGAGAUCCUAAGGAGCAGAUGGAGAUAGUUGGUGUUCCGGAGGAGCAUAUCUUGGGUCAUGCUUUCCAUCUUUAUCACUUGACAUCACCAGAUAAGACUGUAUCCUUUGAGUUCCAACACAAUGUUUGCGGAAGAUCAAUAUACGCUGAGGGUACUGUUGAUGCUGUGCUUUUCCUUGCCAAGAAGAUCCGGUCUAAAGCAGAGAAGCGGAUCUAUAACAUGAUCGAUGUUUUGAGAGAGGGUAGCAUGCGAUGA